AUGCGAGCUGAGAAAGGAAAGCUGGUGAAGAAUCAGAAGUCAAGGCUGGAAGCAAUUGUGUGUGUGAAAAACUCUCAGCUCAAUAAGGAUGCAUCUGUUGGAUCUGGACGAGUUUUUGCGAUCGUGGCUCCGCUAGAUGGUAAUGCUGGGCAGAGAUGCCCGCGGGAAUUGCACGCAGCCACGCUGCCAUCUCCGCACUCAUCGACGGACGAGAACGUCCGCGAACUGCCAGCCGGAGAACACUAUACUGAAGGCCAUGGUACUGCCGGUAUGGUUCAGAAUGAAGCGCGGAAUGGUGGAGACGGAGGCCAACACAUCGGAAUGCGAAACUCUCAAAAAACAUUUCGGCGUAGCCACUGCUGUCGUACUCUACCGACCAUCUAUCCAGUUCACAUCAUGGAGCUUCGAAUUCUACAGUGCCUCUCUCGUGACUGUACUAGAGGUACUGCACCGCAACUAGAUGUGCAGCCAGCACGGCAGCUUCAGCGAUGUGGGCGUGGUCUGCGCGCUUGCCGACGUCGAAGUCUCGAACUCGAUAUCCGACGUCAGUACGACGAUGCCGCCACUGUCGCAGAGCCUUCUCGCUGUAACACUUCUGUCCAUCGCAAUCGUCGUUACCAGAACCGCUUCAAUACCGCAAGAUCUGUAGCGGAGAAGAAGAAACUGCGAAGAGGCAAGCGGCAUGUGAUCUACGAAGGUGCCGUCAACGACGACGACGACGACGACGGCGUCACAGAACAGGCGAUGCUCAAACAGCAGCUAGAACGCAAGUGCUUUGACAAUUCGCUAAAGUUGGAAUGUCCCAUCUACACAGCGAGAAAGAGAACCGUAAUCCACACGAAAUCGACGCAAAAACUGAAACACUGGGCAAAACAGUUGAAAAUAUUAGAAAACUACACUUUCGAUUACAUGUUCGUUUCAUAA